UUCACCAGGAUCGUGUCGCAGGUGUUUUUCUCUCCGUGUCAACCUCCGUCUGAAGGUAGAAAGUUGAUGUGGAUUCAGCAGCAUGGACAAGAGGGAGGACAAAGAGGAGGGAGUCAGACGUCUGCAGGACGGGUUGACUGGUUUCAGUCAUUCCCUCAGGAGUGAUCGGUCACAAGGUCGACUCAUUCAUUUUAAAGGACAUCAACCCUCUGCUCCUGAGAGGAUCAGUCCAGACCCCAGCUGUGUUUCCCUCAACAGUGAUAAGUCACAUGAUCGUCACAUUGAUUUUAAAGGACAUCAACCCUCUGCUCAUGAGAGAGUCCACCAGCAGAGCUCAAAGGUCCUCAGUGGUCAGUCUACCCAGCAGCAUCAGACACAGCUGGACUCCAUCUUUCUGCUGCUGGAGGACAACAUCAUCACUUUUAUAAAACACGAGCUGAAGAAGAUCCUGAAGGUUGUGAGUCCAGAUUACCCAGAAUGCUCAGAGAGUCAGAGGGAGGAUGAGGAGGUGUUGGAGGGUGAGGAAGAAGAGCAGAGGAGGAGCAGCAGAGAUUUAUUGGUGAAGAUGACAGUGAACUUCCUGAGGAGAAUGAAGCAGGAGGAGCUGGCUGACCGUCUGCAGAGCAGACAUUUUGCUCCAGUUUGUGGACAUAAAGUUAAAUCUAGUCUGAAGGAGAAGUUCCAGUGUGUGUUUGAGGGGAUUGCUAAAGCUGGAAACUCAAACCUUCUGAAUGAGAUCUACACAGAGCUCUACAUCACAGAGGGAGAGAGUGCAGAGGUCAAUAAUGAACAUGAGGUCAGACACAUAGAAGUAGCUUACAGGAAGUCAAACAAACCAGAAACAAUUGUCAGACAAGAAGACCUCUUUAAAGCCUCACCUGGAAGACAUGGACCAAUCAGAAGAGUGAUGACAAAGGGAGUGGCUGGCAUUGGGAAAACAGUCUUAACACAGAAGUUCACUCUGGACUGGGCUGAAAACAAAGCCAACCAGGACAUCCUCUUCAUAUUUCCAUUGACUUUCAGAGAGCUGAAUGUGGUGAAAGAGAGAAAGUUCAGCUUGGUGGAACUUGUUCAUCACUUCUUCACUGAAACCAAAGAAGCAGGAAUCUGCAGCUUUGAAGACUUCCAGGUUGUGUUCAUCUUUGACGGUCUGGAUGAGUGUCGACUUCCUCUGGACUUCCACAACACUGAGAUCCUGACUGAUGUUACAGAGUCCACCUCAGUGGAUGUGCUGCUGACAAACCUCAUCAGGGGGAAACUGCUUCCCUCUGCUCGUCUCUGGAUAACCACACGACCUGCAGCAGCCAAUCAGAUCCCUCCUGAGUGUGUUGACAUGGUGACAGAGGUCAGAGGGUUCACUGACCCCCAGAAGGAGGAGUACUUCAGGAAGAGGUUCAGAGAUGAGGAGCAGGCCAGCAGGAUCAUCUCCCACAUCAAGACAUCACGAAGCCUCCACAUCAUGUGUCACAUCCCAGUCUUCUGCUGGAUCACGGCUACAGUUCUGGAGGAUGUGUUGGAAACCAGAGAGGGAGGAGAGCUGCCCAAGACCCUGACUGAGAUGUACAUCCACUUCCUGGUGGUUCAGGCCAAAGUCAAGAAGGUCAGGUAUGAUGGAGGAGCUGAGACAGAUCCACACUGGAGUCCAGAGAACAAGGAGAUGAUUGAGUCUCUGGGAAAACUGGCUUUUGAUCAGCUGCAGAAAGGAAACCUGAUCUUCUAUGAAUCAGACGUGACAGAGUGUGGACUCGAUAUCAAAGCAGCCUCAGUGUACUCAGGAGUGUUCACACAGAUCUUUAAAGAGGAGAGAGGCCUGUACCAGGACAAGGUGUUCUGCUUCGUCCAUCUGAGCGUUCAGGAGUUUCUGGCUGCUCUUCAUGUCCAUCUGACCUUCAUCAACUCUGGUGUCAACCUGAUGGAACAACAACAAACUACUUCUCUGCAGUCUAAACUCUUUAGAAACAAACCUGAAAUAACACGUCUCCAUCAGAGAGCUGUGGACAAGGCCUUACAGAGUCCAAAUGGACACCUGGACUUGUUCCUCCGCUUCCUCCUGGGUCUUUCACUGCAGACCAAUCAGACUCUCCUACGAGGCCUGCUGACACAGACAGGAAGUAGAUCACAGACCAAUCAGGAAACAGUCCAGUACAUCAAGGAGAAGAUCAAUGAGAAUCUGUCUGCAGAGAGAAGCAUCAAUCUGUUCCACUGUCUGAAUGAAUUGAAUGAUGGUUCUCUAGUGGAGGAGAUCCAACAGUCCCUGAGAUCAGGACGUCUCUCCGCAGAUAUACUGUCUCCUGCUCAGUGGUCAGCUCUGGUCUUCAUCUUACUGUCAUCAGGAGAAGAUCUGGAUGAGUUUGACCUGAAGAAAUACUCUGCUUCAGAGGAGGCUCUACUGAGGCUGCUGCCAGUGGUCAAAGCCUCCAACAAAGCUCUACUGAGUUACUGUAACCUCUCAGAGAGAAGCUGUGAAGCUCUGUCUUCAGUUCUCAGCUCCCAAUCCUCUAAUCUGAAACAUCUGGACCUGAGUGGAAACAACCUGAAGGAUCCAGGAAUGAAGCAUCUGUCUGCUGGACUGGAGAGUCCAAACUGUAAACUGGAGACUCUGAGGUUGAGGAUCUGCAGUUUGUCAGAGAUCAGCUGUGAUUCUCUGGUCUUAGCUCUGAAGUCCAACCCCUCCCAUCUGAAACAUCUGGACCUGAAGUUGGACCUGAGUAACAAUGACCUGCAGGAUUCAGGCGUGGACCAUCUCUGUGCUGCGCUGAAAAGUCCACAUUGUAAACUGGAGAAACUCAGGCUGACAUGUUGUAACCUGUCAGAGAGAAGCUGUGAACAUUUGGCUUCAGUUCUGAGCUCCCAAUCCUCAUGUUUGAAAGAGUUGGACCUGAGUAACAAUGACCUGCAGGAUUCAGGAGUGAAGCUUCUCUGUGGUGGACUGGGGAGUCUGUGCUGUACUCUGGAAACACUCAGAAUGUCUGGCUGUCUGAUCACAAAGGAUGGCUGUGCUUCUUUGGCCUCAGCCCUCAGUUCCAACCCUGUCCAUCUGCGAGAGUUGGACUUGAGCUUCAACCAUCCAGAAGACUCAGGAAAGGAGCAGCUUUCUGCUGGACUGAAAGAUCAACAGUGGAAACUGGACAAACUCAGGAUGGACAACUGUGGAGUGCAGAGACUAAUACCUGGCAUCAGGAAGUAUGCCUGUGAAGUCUCACUGGACCCAAACACAGCACACAGAAACCUCUAUCUGACUGAAGACAACAGGAGGGUGAUAAGUAGAGAGCUGCAGCCACAUCCUGAUCACCCAGAGAGGUUUGACUUUUGGCCUCAGGUGCUGUGUACAGAAGCUUUGAGUGAUCGCUCCUACUGGGAAGUGGAGUGUAGAGGUGAUGUUCAUGUUGCAGUGACUUACAGAGGAAUCAGGAGGAAAGGAGAUGGGAAUGAGUGCAAGCUUGGAGGGAAUGAUCAGUCCUGGAGUCUGCACUGCUUCGAUCGUUUUUACUCCUUUCAUCAUGAUAAUGAAAAAAUCAAUGCUCCACUCUGCUCCUACUCGGUGUCUCACAGAAUAGCAGUGUAUCUGGACUGUCCUGCUGGCAUGCUGUCCUUCUACAAAGUCACCCAUGAUGACCUCGUCCCCCUCCACACCUUUUACUGCACAUUCUCUGAACCUCUCCAUCCUGCAUUCAGUCUUGGCUUUAGUUGUUCGUCUACGUCUGGGCCUGGUCUGACGUCUCGAACCUUUAUCUCUCUGUGCUCUCUGUAGGAGAGAAAAUACUGUUAAAAGCAGGGGCAGAUCUAGGAUUAUGAGAGAUCCGAGGCUUAGCCCAGAGGGAGGAAAGAUGUAUGCCCAAAGUUCUGUUUUUUUUUUUUUUUGUUUGUUUGUUUUUCUUUUUUUAUUGCUGAUACAGAAAAUACAUAGCAACUUUAUCUAGACAAAGGUGUUGUCCUGAAAAAGGUGUGAAAAAAGAAAAUGUGAAACAAAAAAGGUGUUAAAACUGAUCAUAAGCAUUAUAUUCAAAUAAAAAUGAUCUUGCAGUGCAUGUAAUCCUGAAUGACAUCUCAUAAACUUCAGAACUGAAAAACAACCAAA